UACCGCGCCCAUCUCUCCGUCUGAUGGCCGGAUGAGAGGUGAACUGGAGACGAGCGCUCCUUCAAGGAAGCCAACGGGAAGUGGCCGCCGACGGACUUAUUUACCGACCCAAGCCUCUCUCGGACACCCAUGCUUGUCGUUUUCAAUCGCAGCUGAGAUCCCCGUCUCUUCCCGCCGUCGAACGGACUCGUUUCCCGCUCAUUUGGCGCGUUAAAUCUGAAGAAGUGGACUCGUUUGAGAACCGCCGCCGCUAGUUAGCGAGCUAGCUCGUCUUGUUCGUUGAUGCGUGGAUUUCACAGCCACACCGUCGUUUUUUUCGGUCAAUGAGAUAUACAGAAAGGCCAUCUACGACACAGAACAGAUCAGAACGUGCCCCGGCAGCAGGAGUGAGGAAGAGCUUUAGAAGAGGAAAAUGAGUGAACUGGACCAGUUACGCCAGGAGGCCGAGCAGCUCAAGACCCAGAUCAGAGAUGCGAGGAAAGCUUGUGCAGAUGCUACACUAUCACAGAUCACAGCCAACAUCGAUCCUGUUGGCCGGAUCCAGAUGCGCACGAGGAGAACACUGCGAGGACAUUUGGCUAAAAUCUACGCCAUGCACUGGGGCACAGACUCCAGGCUUCUGGUCAGUGCCUCGCAGGAUGGAAAACUCAUUAUUUGGGACAGUUACACCACAAAUAAGGUUCAUGCCAUUCCUCUGCGUUCGUCCUGGGUGAUGACCUGUGCCUACGCUCCCUCAGGUAACUAUGUGGCCUGUGGAGGACUGGACAACAUCUGCUCCAUCUACAGCCUGAAGACUCGCGAGGGGAACGUGCGUGUCAGCCGUGAGCUGGCCGGACACACAGGAUAUCUCUCCUGCUGUCGCUUCCUUGAUGACAACCAGAUUGUUACAAGUUCUGGUGACACCACCUGUGCUCUCUGGGACAUUGAGACCGGUCAGCAGACCACCACGUUUGCGGGACACACUGGCGAUGUUAUGAGUCUCUCUUUGGCUCCAGACACCAGGCUGUUUGUGUCCGGGGCCUGCGAUGCUUCUGCCAAACUCUGGGACGUCCGCGAAGGCAUGUGCAGACAGACCUUCACCGGUCACGAGUCAGACAUCAACGCCAUAUGUUUCUUCCCCAAUGGCAACGCUUUUGCCACCGGCUCCGAUGACGCCACCUGCCGUCUGUUUGACCUGCGUGCCGACCAAGAGCUCAUGGUGUAUUCUCACGACAACAUCAUCUGCGGCAUAACCUCCGUGGCCUUUUCCAAGAGCGGCCGCCUGUUGCUCGCCGGCUACGACGACUUCAACUGUAACGUGUGGGACACCCUGAAGGCCGACCGCGCCGGUGUGCUGGCCGGCCAUGACAACCGAGUAAGCUGUCUGGGUGUAACUGAUGAUGGGAUGGCAGUAGCUACAGGGUCCUGGGACAGCUUCCUCAAAAUCUGGAACUGAACGCUGAAGGUGCUUUCGAUACAACACGUCCAAUACAAUAUCAUUUGAACUCCAAAGUUGACUGGAAAACCAUUCCAACUUUAGAAUGUUAAAUUUCACCACAUCAACACCAUCACCUUAUAAAACUGACCGACACCACCACGAGAAGAAAUAAAACUUCUAAGGGAAACCAAUGCCUUUCCUACACCAAGAAGAGCACAGUUUGUUUUAUCAUCCAACUUAAAAAAAAACACAAAACUACAAAAAUGAAAAAGAAGAAUUCCUGUGGUAUCAUUCCCUCUCGGACCAUCUUUGUCACCCUGUAACAGACAACACAACACUAUCAUCCCACGCUUAUAUAUCAUGUGUCUAGGAAGCAAAUGUUGGAGUGUAAUUGUACAAAUUAUUUAACUCUUGUUAUUUUUCUUUUAUCUGAUAGUUCAUCAUAGAUCUUUUCCUCUUGUUUUUUUUCCCCUCUUUAGAUAUGUUUCUGAUUAGAAGAAUCUUUUAAUCCUCUUAUAAAACCGUGUGAAAACACACAAGUCAUGUGUGAUGCUGAAAGUAGACCAGGAUGGAAAGAAGCUUUUUUAAAGAAUGCCUAUCAUACGUUGUGUUUUUUUCUUUGUUUAUGUGCUAGGUUGCUCUAAUGGUUGUGUAGUUCCAUGAUUGUAUUUUAAGCAAGACGAAGAAGAAGAGCAUGCACGUCAUCAUUAUUCAUAUUGUCAGCGGCCGGCUCCUUUGGAUUGUUAAGCACCGCUGGUUUAUGGCCAGUUUGCGGCUAAUAAGAACAUGUAACCAUGACGUGUGCGCUCGUGUGAAUCCUGGUCUGUCUCUUUCAUUAAAUGCCAUGACUCUUUCUGAGUCUGAGGUGCUCUGAGGCGUCAUUUAUCUCCGAGUGGCCGUUUGUAAAUAUGGGUAUCCAACUUGCACGCGAAUGCAGCAUUAUUAUUAUCCUAGCUAACGUUUCUUUCUGGUCUCGUCACAGCUUUGUUUGCACAAUAAGAAACUUGACCAACGCUUGCAGCGUUAACUAACCAAGCACACGCCGUUAAUCACAUUGAAUGCUCAUUUUGACAUUGAGAAAACACAAAAAAGUCGAAAAAAAAAUAAAAAGCAAACAAAAAAAUGCAGUCCUCUUUCAUUGGAUAAAAAGAUGUUCAAACUAACCCCUUCGCUUAUCUUCUGCUCUUACGUUUGUUUCUCGGUUACUUUCAGUCGCUUUAAUUCUGCUUAUGUUUGGGAUGGUUUUCAUCGAGGGGAGGGGGGGGGUUGUAAGUUUUAAUUUCAGUGGUGUCUGAGAUCGGUGUUUUGAAAAACGAAAGUCCUUUUUUUAACUUGGUUGCAGAGAGAGAGACAACAGAGAGCCCUGUCUGUGCUUGGAAAUACAGUUACUACUAUGUGAAUGAAAUGUUGUACAAAUCAAUGUCUGAAAAUAAUGAUGAUUCUGAAAUGUUUAAGUUAAGCGUUUUCUUUCAUCCGCCAUGAAUUAACGUAGUCGCAUGCUGUAGAAUUUGCUUAAACAGGCGCUGACGUCUUUAGGCCCGGCUGCCAACUUCCACCGGGACGACCAAAUCCAUGUGAAAUUUCCACGAAUGAAACUUUGAUUCCAAAUGUUUUCGACAUGCUUUGUCAUGUACAUCCUUUACUUUUAUCGGCAAAGCUAUGCACCCACGUGAGAAAUAAAUUCACUGCUGUCGACAUGUAAAUGGUGGCCAUUCUUCUUCCGUCGUUCCGAAAGCGUUCCACCUUUGUGCGGCAGUUUUCUAAACGAACCGUUCGACGGCAAAUCACCGCAAACUCUUUUGGCUUUUCUUUCAGUGGUUUUGAACGGCAUCUGAUAUGGCAGAACAUUCUGUUGGGUUUUUCCACUGUAAACAGAUGCACUUUCUUUAAUAGUUGUGACUUUUUUAUUAUUGUUUUUUCCUUUCUCUGCGAUAAUGUACAAUAAUUGUGAUGUAUUUGUGUGUGCUGCCACCAGUAAAGAUUAAUUGCAGUUCAAUUCAAACGGAUUCCCCUUAUUUUCUCUUUUCAUGAAUAACUGUAGAUCUCAGCACUCCCUAUCUGACACCUUUUGUAUUUAAUUUCAGUCUGUCGGUGUAACAGAACGCUGGAUGCAACAUAGAUACUAUAUUAAAAUGUACUGUUAUUUAAGAUGUAAUAAAAACCAGUUUGAGAUGUC